AUGAUGACCCUGUGGCACAGCCUGUCUCAGCUGGACAACAGCAUCCAGGAGGUCACAGGUACCAACAUUAUAGAAACAUUAUAUCUGGUACACAGACAGACCAGGGAGGGGUAACCUCAUUCUAAUUCUAUGGAUGACCUCUCUGCUAACAGAGGCCAGGGCUGCUAAUGAUAUACGCCGCAAAACACGUCCUUCCCACUGGGCACAGAAGUCAGUUCAAUGUCUAAUUUUGAUUUACAUUUGAUUGAGCUCACAUAGUUCAACGUGAAAUCAACAAAAAAUGUACCAUGUCAUUGGAAUUAGGUUUAAAGUUGGGUGAUAAAAGACAAGCAUUCCCGAAAUUCCUUUACCUUUAAGACUUUUUGCAAAUCCAAUCAGUUUUCCACGUUGACUCAACGUCAUCAUAUUGACUUUUUUUUUAGAUGGCGUGGAAUUAACGUUGAUUCAACCAGUUUGUGCCUAGUGGGUUAUCUCUAUCUGACUGAAUAACUCACUCUCUCUCUCUCUUUCUCUCUCGCUCCAGGAGGAAUGCGGAUGGUGUUCACAGCCACCAUGAGUCCCAAAAGCCACUGCUUCGGCCCCUUCACCAGUAACGUGCUGAUUCCCUACACCGAGAUCUCCCUCAACCAUGACAAUGGCUACAACCCUGCCCUGGGUAUGCAUACACAUUAACCUUAAACCCGCUACACAUAUUUCACAGACAAUACACUUAAUAAUAGUCCUAUCCUGGACAUGUAUCCAUCCAUUUCAAUAACUCCAUCCCUCUGCUUCCUCUCCCUCCAGGUGUGUUCAUGGCCCUCCGGAUGGGCCUGUACUUCUUCUCCUGCACGGCCUACUCCCACGUGGGCGCGGCGGGCCAGAGGCUGUACCACAAGCUGCAGCUGAUGAGGAACGGGGAGGUGGUGGUGUCCACGUGGGAGGAUAACCAGGAGGACUCGGAGGACAGCGGCUCCCAGACCAUCCUGGUCUUGCUGGAUAGAGGCAGCCAGAUGCUCUCUGAAAGACAGCUGUGUGGAGGCUGA